GAGAGAGGGAGAGAGACCUGGGGGCCGUCUCCAUCCCGAGAGAGGCGCCUGGAUGAAGCACCGGUCACCUUCACAGCAGCAUCUCGGGAAAAAGCCCCGCGCUCGUGUCGCCCCCUCCGCCGCCGCCGCCGCCGCCGCGGCCGCCUCGGGCCCCCCGCAGGACGGCAUGGAGGACAACAAAGCCCCGCCGAACCCGCGGGAGCUCACGCAGAACCCCCUGAAGAAGAUCUGGAUGCCGUACAAAAACGGCCUCCCGGAGAAACACAUUUCUCAGAGAAAAGUGUGCAUGACCAACUGUCCCACGCUGAUCGUGACCGUGGGCCUGCCUGCCAGAGGAAAGACCUACAUCUCCAAGAAGCUGACCCGCUACCUGAACUGGAUCGGCGUGCCCACCAGAGAGUUCAACGUUGGACAGUACAGAAGAGAGUGUGUGAAGAUCUACAAGUCAUUUGAGUUCUUCCGUCCAGACAAUGAAGAGGGAUUAAGGAUUAGAAGACAGUGUGCCUCAGCGGCGCUGAACGAUGUGCGACAGUACCUGACGGAGGAGGGGGGCCAGGUCGCGGUGUUCGAUGCGACAAACACCACCAGGGAGAGGAGGGAAACCAUCCUCCAGUUUGCAGAGCAGAACGGUUUUAAGGCCUUCUUCGUGGAGUCAGUGUGUGAGGACCCGGACGUCAUUCAGGAGAACAUCGUGCAAGUGAAGCUGGGCAGCCCUGACUACACCAACUGUGACACGGAGGAGGCGGUGCAAGACUUCAUGAAGAGGAUCAAGUGUUACGAAAACUCCUACGAGACGCUGGAUGAAGUUUUGGACAGGGAUCUCUCCUACAUCAAAAUCAUGGACGUGGGCCAGAGGUACCUGGUCAACCGGGUGCUGGACCACGUCCAGAGCCGGAUCGUCUACUACCUCAUGAACAUCCACAUCACGCCGCGCUCCAUCUAUCUGUGUCGCCACGGGGAGAGCGAACUCAACGUCAAGGGCAGGAUAGGAGGAGACUCGGGCCUGACGCUCAGGGGCAAAGAGUUCGCGAAGAAGCUGAGCCACUUCAUCCAGGCGCAGAGCAUCAGUGACCUGAAGGUGUGGACCAGCCAGAUGAAGAGGACCAUCCAGACGGCCGAGGCGCUAAGCGUGCCGUACGAACAGUGGAAGGUCCUGAACGAGAUUGACGCUGGUGUGUGUGAGGAGCUGAUGUACGAGGAGAUCCAGGACCACUACCCCCUGGAGUUUGCCUUAAGGGACCAGGACAAAUACCGCUACCGCUACCCUAAAGGAGAGUCCUAUGAAGACCUGGUGCAGCGGCUGGAGCCCGUCAUCAUGGAGCUGGAGAGACAGGAGAAUGUGCUGGUCAUCUGCCACCAGGCCGUAAUGCGCUGCCUGCUGGCGUACUUCCUGGACAAGACGGCAGAGGAGCUGCCGUACCUGAAGUGCCCGCUGCACACCGUGCUGAAGCUGACGCCGGUGGCCUACGGCUGUAAAGUGGAGUCCAUCUGCCUGAACGUGGAGGCAGUCAACACACACAGAGAGAGGCCCGAGAACGUAGAAGUGUCGCGGAUGUCAGAGGAGGCUUUGCUAACUGUGCCAGCUCACCAGUGAGGCAGUAGGCCCCUCCCCCUCCUCCCCUCCGAUACGCACACUCAACCCUCCGCAGUCUGAUUAAAUCUACACUUUGCUUUUGUUCCUUCUCCUCUGAUUCCAUCCUAAAAAACAUGACGAUGAUGAUGGUAAUUGACUGGAAUCCAGUUUCUCACUAUUAAUCCUGUCACGGAUCGUGUGUCGUGGAUGUUCUCCCAUUUUUGGAGAAUUAAUAAAAAUCAGAUGAAGGUUUGUUUUUUCCUCUUUAACUGAUGCUGGACUCCCCACUGUGAAGAAAUGAAAGCUGAGCCUGUUUUCUGAAGACUCGUUGAUUACAUGUAGCUUAUGUUCUUCCUGUUUGUUGAAGUGAUUUAACGAUGCUAACUGGAGUUUCUCCUCUUUAUAUUUAUGAUGGUAAAAAUCACAGAUUCUAAUUUUCACUACUACAGCACAGCAGAACAAAGUUGUGCGUUUUUGACUAAUUUGCACAUCAAAAUCUGUGUUUGUUUUUUUUUUUUUGUUUAGAUGUCUGAAACUGAUGGAACGGGGAAAAAAAUCUGUUGUUUUGUUGAAGUUAGAAGUAGUUUAUUCCUAUUUGUGAUCACAAUCGAAAGUAUUUCUGUUCUCUGUGUGAAUAAACUCCACUCAAACAUUUAAUUAAUCCUCACCACACUGGUUUUGUGCUUCAUUUUAGAACAUUAAGCAGCCGCCUCAUCAACUUCUACUUGUUAUUGAUGGUUUUUCACUGCUCCCAGCAAAGCUUGCCAUUUCCUUCAUAUCUUCACAUCAAACAUCCACUUCCUGUUGAACUCAGCCGUGCAGACCGAAGAGAGAAACCCCCCCCCACCCCGGUUCAUUGACAUGCACACACUCCCGCCUGGGCUGAGGAACAAACAGCAGCCAUUCAUGAGCCCGAACAGAACUCCCAGUGUGCCGUGCAGUGCUUUUUCCGAAGCAUUACAAAGCUCACGCCUGUUUCAACAUCUGAACUUUUUUAAGAAGUGAAAAUAAUAUUGUUAGGAAUAAAAAGAUUUCUAAAAAGACUUAAAAAAAAAAACAACCCUUUGUAAGCAGUUAACGGCACACUUGGAAUUAAAAUUGAUGGAUGAUGUUAGACGACCAUCUGUCAACAGAUUAGAUUUACAGCAGAAACUGAUUCACGGUGGAGAAAAGAAAUUACAGUGUGAUUUGAUAAUAAGAAAAAUGUGCAGAAGAGAGUGAGUGGAGUGCAGACAAGACAGUUCUCC